AUGGCAAGUCAAGAUGGUAACAAGGAAGUCGCGGAUCUCUUCAGCGAGUCGUAUGCCAAAUCCCAGGAUGAACAAGACCCGCUAUCUUCUUUCCGGGGCCAAUUCAUCAUCCCAACAAUCUCAGACCUGCAUUCCAAGACCCUUACGCCUUCAACCCAAGAUCAACCACAACAAUGCACCUACCUCUGUGGCAACUCGCUGGGUCUCCAACCACGCUUGACAUCUCAAUAUCAACAAAACUACCUUCAGACCUGGGCAACAAAGGGAGUCUAUGGCCACUUUACUGAAAUCGAGGACUCAAAAUUGCCGCCUUGGUUACAUGUUGAUGACGAUGUGAUUGGUGAUGUUUGUGACAUCGUGGGAGCAAAGAAUAACGAAGUUGCUGUUAUGCAGACUUUGACGGCAAAUCUGCAUUUCGCCAUGGCGAGCUUCUAUCGUCCUACUGAGAAGAGGUGGAAGAUUAUCAUCGAGGGAAAGGCGUUUCCCAGCGAUCAUUAUGCGGCGGAAUCACAACUCUUACACCACAACAAGGAUCCUGCAACCUCGAUGAUCCUCCUCGAACCCGAAGACUCAAACAACCCUAUCCUCAGCACCCAACAAAUCCUUACCACAAUCGACGAACACGCAGAUUCUACAGCCCUCCUUCUACUGCCAGGAAUCCAAUUCUACACUGGUCAAUUCUUCGACAUCCCCACCAUUACCGCUCAUGCACAGAAAAAGGGCAUAGUCGUGGGAUGGGAUCUUGCCCACGCAGCAGGAAACAUGCCCNUCAAACUCCACGACUGGAAUGUCGACUUCGCAGCCUGGUGCAGCUACAAAUAUCUCAACUGUGGUCCCGGAAGCAUUGGUGGACUUUUCGUCCACGAGCGCCACUCCGAGGUUUCUACUGCGUCAGCCUCCUCACGACCAGAGUAUACACCUAGACUUAGUGGUUGGUGGGGUAGCGACAAGAGCAGCCGCUUCGCCAUGGACAAUGUCUUCACCCCGAUCGCAGGAGCAGGCGGCUGGCAGCUCUCCAACCCAUCAGUCGCAGAUAUGACAGCUCUCCGUGCAUCUCUAGACAUCUUUAACAAAACCUCACUCGAUGCCAUCAGAACCAAAUCAGUCGCCCUCACCGGAUACCUUGAGAAGCUCCUUCUUGCAAGCACGGGAAUCAAAGACUGCUUCUCCAUUAUCACGCCUUCUGACCCUGAACAAAGAGGCGCGCAGUUAUCAGUCCGUCUAUCCUCUGGCCUUCUAGACAACGUUAUGCACGUACUGGAAAAGAAGGGUGUGGUUGUUGAUGAGAGACGACCGGAUGUUAUCCGCGUGGCUCCUGCGCCUCUCUACAAUUCUUGGUCUGAUGUGUUAAAGUUUGUCCAUGUCUUUCAAGAAGCCUGCAAAGAGGCAUUGGAAAAGAAGAGCAAGGAGACAAACGGGUCGGUCAUGGUGGAAGGCGGCAAGGAUGACAAGGGCUGGAGUGAGGUAAAAUAA